AUUAUUAUUAUUAUUGCCUGUGCAUCUCUCCUCUCUCUCUUUAUUCCCUCUGUCUCUCAUUCAGUUUCACUGUUUCUAUCUCCUACUCUCCCUAUUAUUUAUUAUUUUCUCCCAUUCUCUCUAUCACUCAUUUCCUAAAGCUUUUUCUCUUCUCCUCUGUAUUUUCUUUUUGUCUCUCUCAAUCCCUCUCUAUUGGCACUAUUGGCACUAUUGCAUUCCUCUGCCCCUCAUACUCUCACUUCUCUCUCUGCCCUUAUACUCUUUCCUUACCCUUGGGGUAUGUAUCUGCCAUUGUAUUACUCUCCCCCUCUGUGCCUGCCGCCCUAGCCCUCAUUCUGUUCUCUCCCUGUGACACCCUAUUCUCUUCCCCCUAUCCCUCCUUCCUCCCCUGUUUCACUCCCCCUCUCCCCCCUACAAAGGGCUGUGCUUGCAGUUGCCUGGCAUGGAGAGGAGGAUGAGGCACACAGGCUGCAGGGUAACCCCAGGCAGAGAGGCUCAGAAGUGAGAAGGAGCUGGGAUGAUUGGCCAGGGGGACCCAUGGAAAUGUUCUGCUCCCCAGCACCCAUCGUGCCAGAGCUGGGAUCCAGCUGAGUCCUGAGGAACAAGAUCCCCCAGCUGGGUCGAUGUCGGAGCCGGAUGACUUUGCUGGCCUCGCCGGCCCAUGGAAUUCCUCCGACCUCAGUCUGUUCAGCCCGGCCAGCAUUGUGGUGCCUGUGAUCUUCUCCCUCAUCUUCCUGCUGGGGACUGUGGGGAACAGCUUGGUGCUUGCCGUGCUGCUAAGGAGCGGCCAAAGGACUCACAACACAACCAAUCUCUUCAUCCUCAAUCUCAGUGUGGCCGAUGUAUCCUUCAUCAUCUUCUGUGUGCCCUUCCAGGCCACUAUCUACUCCCUGGAGGACUGGGUGUUUGGGGCUUUCAUGUGUAAAGCUGUGCACUUCUUUAUCUAUCUCACCAUGUAUGCCAGCAGUUUCACCCUUGCCGCCGUGUCCGUUGACAGGUACCUGGCAAUACGUUACCCCCUGCGCUCCCGCGAGCUUCGGACUCCAUGCAAUGCCAUCGCUACCAUGGCUAUAAUAUGGGGCCUCUCUGUGGUGUUUGCUGGUCCAUACCUGAGUUACUAUGACCUGAUGGACUAUGAGUCCAGCCAUAUCUGCAUGCCGGGCUGGAAGGAGCGGACGCGUAAGAUAAUGGAUACCGGCACUUUCAUUGUGGGUUAUGUCAUCCCCGUGCUCAUUGUAAGCCUGUCUUACACCAGGACCAUUAAGUACCUAUGGACAGCAGUCGAUCCACUGGAGGAUAUGUCAGAGUCCAAAAAGGCCAAGAGAAAGGUGACCAAGAUGAUCAUCAUCGUGACUGUGCUCUUCUGCCUUUGCUGGCUUCCCCAUCAUGUUGUGGUUAUGUGCUACCUGUACGGCGACUUCCCUUUCAACCAAGCCACGUAUGCCUUCCGCCUGCUCUCCCAUUGCAUGGCCUACGCCAACUCCUGCCUCAAUCCCAUCGUCUAUGCCUUGGUUUCAAAGCACUUCCGGAAGGGCUUCCAGAAGGUCUUCAGCUGCCUUCUGAGGAAGAAAGGUCGGAAUAAAGUGCACGUGGUCAACGCGGCCCACGCCGAGCCAGGGUUCGAUGCUGCUUCUUCUGAAAUGUCUCACAUUAAUGACGACAAUGGAAAAAUGCAUGGGCAUCACGCAGGAGCAAAUCACUCUGAUUCGUCGAGACCGCUGGGUACCCCCUGACAGUUUCUCUAAGCCUUUGCCUGUGCCUCUAACAUGCCAAAAUGUAAGGUUAAACAAACUUAGUUUAAGAAGAAGAAGACUGAUGUUCUUCAAGAGGGAUUCAUCUCUUUGUAAGUGCUGAUCUCCUGAGCUUGAAGACAGAGAGGAACCAUUGCCUUUUUAUGGAUAUGUCAGAAGAAAGAUGGACUGAGGGAGUAAAUCUGAGGGAACGUAUAGUAAUAUAUAGAUCAACUACAGCUACGUGUAAACAUUUUGAUGCUUUAAAACCAAGUAAUCGACCAAACUGACCCAGUAAUUCUUGAUAUUCCUUUCAUGGCCAACACCAAAAGAAGCUCAGUAUUUCAUGGCCAACACCAAAAGAAGCUCAGUAUUUCAUGGCCAACACCAAAAGAAGCUCAGUAUUUCAUGGGCAACACCAAAGGAAGCUCAGUAUUUCAUGGCCAACACCAAAAGAAGCUCAGUAUUUCAUGGCCAACACCAAAAGAAGCUCAGUAUUUCAUGGCCAACACCAAAAGAAGCUCAGUAUUUCAUGGGCAACACCAAAGGAAGCUCAGUAUUUCAUGGCCAACACCAAAAGAAGCUCAGUAUUUUGAGUCAAAGUUGUCACCUGUAUCAAGGUGAAAUCAAUGGUGGUUCCACUUGUGCCACCACAGCUGUUGUACUAUAACUUCCAAGAUGAACAAGCUUUAGUAGGAGGCCGCUCCUAUACCAUAAGAUCAAUAGACACACACUACAAACUGUUCACAGAUCUGUCCAGGUUGGACAUAAAGUGCAAUGGGGAUGUAGACGAGAUGUAUCUGCAGAGAUAAGUUCCACCACAGCCUCUGUUUGAAUAACUGGCUGCCUGUUGAGGUGGGCAAAGGUUUUAAUAGAACAGGCAUUGGACAAAUGUUGGAAUUGUGGGUGAUAAUGUGCAACUAUAGCCUAGAUUUUAUCAUUUCCAGCCUAAUACUUCAUAAUUUGUAUCCACACAGGACCAAAAAUAGUGAACAAAAAAGGAGACACGGUUUCUGAAGGACUCACUAGCUUUAUUACUAAGCCAAGGGAUGACAGUUGAUCGGCCUGGUUCGGUCCAGAGGGCACUUGAAGUUGUACAUAGAUGGUAUUAGGGAAGGAACUUCUAUGGUCCCAUCAUUCUACUCUAAUGGCUGUUAACGAAGACCAUGGACGCCAUAUGUGUUGGGACCAACGACUGUGCUCAAUGCCUUGUACGCUCUUAUAAUUUUUGGGGGAAGGUAUUAUUGAUCUCCAGCUGGGUCAGGCCUGGGCUGGGAGGGGGCAUGUUAGCCCGGGGGCAGGGAGCAGACUGGGAAAAAAGACAUUGGGGGGACUGCCCUUGCACCCCCAGAUAAUGAGCCAUGUUAUAUCUUGUGGAUUUGAACAAGCAGCCCUGAAGGUGUUAAACAGCUGGAAUUUGGGCUGAUUUUGGAACAGUAUAAAAAGUUCAUCACAUCCUAUUAUCCCCCCCCUGGUUCCCGUAACUGUAAAGAAAUAAAGAUGAUUUCAUUUUGCAGACA